CCUCCAUUGAACAUCCAAAAUGGCAACUGAGAUUGGUUCCCCCCCGCGUUUCUUCCACAUGCCACGCUUCCAACACCAGGCUCCCCGUCAGCUUUUCUAUAAACGUCCUGAUUAUGCACAACAGCAGGCCAUGCAGCAGCUUACCUUUGAUGGCAAACGAAUGCGAAAGGCUGUAAAUCGCAAGACUAUAGACUACAACCCGUCUGUUAUCAAAUACUUGGAGAAUAGAGUAUGGCAGAGAGAUCAGAGAGACAUGAGAGCCAUCCAGCCAGAUGCUGGAUACUAUAAUGACUUGGUUCCUCCUAUUGGAAUGCUUAAUAAUCCACUUAAUGCUGUCACUACAAAGUUUGUGCGGACCUCUACCAACAAAGUGAAAUGCCCUGUCUUUGUAGUCAGAUGGACUCCUGAGGGUCGUCGCUUAGUAACUGGAGCCUCAAGUGGAGAGUUCACUUUAUGGAAUGGGCUGACGUUUAAUUUUGAGACAAUUUUACAGGCUCAUGACAGCCCAGUCCGAGCUAUGACCUGGUCACACAAUGACAUGUGGAUGCUGACUGCUGACCACGGUGGAUAUGUGAAGUACUGGCAGUCUAACAUGAACAACGUCAAGAUGUUCCAGGCACAUAAGGAGGCGAUUAGAGAGGCCAGUUUCUCCCCUACGGAUAAUAAAUUUGCUACCUGUUCAGAUGACGGCACAGUUAGGAUUUGGGAUUUUCUUCGUUGCCACGAGGAGAGAAUACUGCGAGGGCACGGAGCUGAUGUGAAAUGUGUUGACUGGCAUCCAACCAAAGGACUUCUGGUGUCUGGAAGUAAAGAUAGCCAACAGCCAAUCAAAUUUUGGGACCCUAAGAAUGGACAAAGUCUUGCAACACUACAUGCUCACAAGAAUACUGUAAUGGAGGUAAAGUGGAACUUGAAUGGAAAUUGGUUACUUACAGCAUCACGUGAUCAUCUUUGCAAACUUUUUGAUAUCCGCAACCUUCGUGAAGAACUGCAGGUGUUCAGAGGCCACAAAAAAGAAGCUACAGCUGUGGCCUGGCAUCCAGUACAUGAAGGUCUUUUUGCUAGUGGUGGCUCUGAUGGUUCUCUUUUGUUCUGGCAUGUUGGGGUGGAGAAAGAAGUAGGUGGCAUGGAGAUUGCUCAUGAAGGAAUGAUAUGGAGUCUUGCUUGGCACCCUCUUGGACAUAUUCUGUGCUCUGGAUCCAAUGAUCAUACCAGCAAAUUCUGGACCAGAAAUCGUCCUGGAGACAAAAUGAGAGACCGUUACAAUCUGAACCUUCUCCCUGGAAUGUCAGAGGAUGGCAUGGAAUAUGAUGAUGUUGAGCCAAACAAUCUUGCAAUUAUUCCAGGAAUGGGUAUUCCAGAACAACUGAAAAUAGCUAUGGAACAAGAACAAAUGGGGAAAGAAGAGGCAAGCGCGGUGGAGAUGACCAUACCUGGCUUAGACUGGGGAAUGGAUGAGUUGAUGCAGAAAGACCAGAAGAAAGUUCCGCAGAAGAAGGUCCCAUAUGCGAAGCCUAUCCCUGCUCAGUUUCAACAAGCUUGGUUACAGAAUAAAGUUCCUCUUAUGCCAUCUUCAGAAACUGCUCCUGAACGGAAAGAAGAGGUGAAACCUGAUGAGAAGAAGAAGAACCAGGCUGAGAUUGAGCAGGAAAUGGCAGCACUACAGUAUACAAACCCCCAGCUGCUGGAACAACUGAAAAUUGAAAGAAUAGCCCAGAAGCAGGCAGAGGCUCCAGGCCAGGCACAGGGACUUGCUUCUCCUAUGGGUGUACCUACUCAAGUUCCUUCUGCUUUCCCACCUGGCCCACAGACUCAACCUCCAAUAAAUUACCAGCAACCUCUUCCACCCCAGCAGAUGGCAAUGAACAUGCAACCUGGCCCUCAAGGACAGUUUAGACCACAAGGGCCUCAGCUAUCUGCAGGACCACAGGGUUUCAUGGGUCCUGGACCACAGAAUAUAAGACCCCAAGAAAUGCAUCCUGGAAUGCCUAGACUUCCUCAUGGACCAAUGGGACCCCAGGCUAAUCAAGGGCCACCAGGUCAUUUGGGUCCUCAAGGGACACCAGGUCCUCUGGGAGUACAGGCCCCUCAUCAUGGCAUGCAAGGAGCACCAGGUCCUCAGGGACCACUUAUGGGGGUGGCUCCCAGGGGAACCCAGGGUCCACAUGGACUACGGGAUAAUCAGGGGCCUAAUCAAGGUAUGCUAAUGGGACAUCCAGCACAAGACUUAAGAGGUCCUUCUGGACCAUUGAUUGGACAUGGACCAAUGGAAAUGAGAGGCCCUACAGAUAUGCGUGGACCUCAAGAUAUGAGAGGACCUCCUGACGUUCAUGCACCACAAGAUAGGAGAGGCCUUUCCGACAUGAGAGGUCCUCCUCAGGAUAUGAGGGGGGGACCAGAUUUGCAUGGAUCUCAAGAUAUCAGGGGUCCCCCGGACUUGCGAGGACCGCCAGAUAUGCGUGGCUCUCAGGAUAUAAGGGGACCACCAGACAUGCGAGGCCCUCAGGAUAUGAGGGGGCCAUCUGAUAUGCGUAACUCUAUUGAUAUGCGAGGCCCUUAUGAGAUACGAGGCCCUCCAGACAUGCGUGGUCCCCAAGACAUUCAUGGACCCCAGGAUAUUCAAGCUCCCCCUGAUGUGCGUGGACCCCAGGAUAUGCGAGGUCCUCCAGACAUGCGUGGACCUCCAGAGAUGCGAGGUCCACCUGACAUGCGAGGGCCUCAAGAUAUGCGUGGUCCCCCUGACAUGCGUGGACCUCAGGAUAUGCGUGGUCCCCCAGACAUGCGUGGACCUCAGGAUAUGCGAGGUCCACCUGAUAUUCGUGGCCCCCCGGAGAUGCGCGGGCCCCAGGAUAUGCGAGGUCCUCCUGACAGAGGACCACCAGAAAUGCGUGGCCCACAAGAUAUGAGGGGUGGUCCUGAAAUGCGUGGCCCUCAAGAUAUGAGGGGUGGUCCUGAAAUGCGUGGUCCGCAAGAUAUGAGAGGAGGUCCUGAUGUACGUGGCCCACAGGAUAUGAGAGGUGGUCCUGAUAUGAGAGGGCCACAUGAUAUGAGGGGUCCCUCUGAUAUGCGAGGACCUCAUGAUAUGAGAGGGCCACCAGAAAUGCGUGGUCAGCAGGAUAUGAGGGUUCCACCAGAGAUGCGAGGUCCUCAGGAUAUGAGGAGAUCUAGUGAUAUUAGAGGAUCGCAUGACUUGCGCGGUCCCCAGCAUAUGAGGAGUACAUCAGACUCAAGGGGCUCAUCGGAUAUGCAUGCGUCUCAAGACCUGCGAAGUCCUCAAGAUAUGAGGGGUCCUCAGGAUUUGCGCAAUCUUCAAGACGUUAGAGGACCUCCAGAUAUGGGUGGCCCUCAUGAAAUUAGAGGUCCUCAAAGCAGAGGGACAAAUUUAGGACUACCUCAAGAUACUCGUGGACAAUCAGUGACCCAAGGACAGCCAGGAAAUUCUCAACAGAACCCACAGAGGGCUUCCCACCCCCCACCACAGAAAGCCUCUUUAUUGGGAGAUGGUCCUAGGCCUUUCAACCAGGGUGGCAAGGGCCAGGCUCCUCCUCCUCUGUUACCGGGCCUGGGACCGCAGGGUCGUGCACCUCCUCAUGGACAAGGACCCAGUUCUAAUAAAGGUGAAGGGCGUGGGCCCACGAACCACCAGCCUGAACGGCGGCGCGAGCCAAGUCCUUUCCGAGGUGGGCAAGAGUGGAUGGAAUCCAGAGACAAUAGAGGGCCUUCUGACAGACGAGGUCCACAACCUGAGGUACAGGAGCACCCUGACGAGUUCUUUGCGGAUGAUCGUUUUGGACCGCGUGGACAUGAGUUUGACGGAAGAGGGGGAGGUCCUGCCGAUGACAAAUGGAGACGAGGCGGAUCUAGUCCACAAUAUCCCCCCAAUCACAGAGAUUACCCUGAGCGAGAAAGAGAUUCAGCCCGAUGGGAGGGGCGGAGGCACUCUGAUGACCAAUAUCCCAGAGAAGAGGAUAUGAGGUUUCGGGGACAACGAGAUGAAAGUUACCGCAGGUCUGCUCCCUCAAGACAUGAGGGUCGUGGCUCUAGAGGGAGGGACGGAUUCCUUAAUUCAGAUGAAUUUGGUCCUGAUGACAGCUAUGAUAUGAAGGAUGAACCUGGGAGAGGACGAGAUUCUAGUAGAGGUCGUGGCCGAGGUUCUCAGAGAGAACCAAGAAAGGGACUUCUACCUACCCCAGACCGGUUUCCUGCUUCAGAACGGGGGCCUAAUCACCAGUCACGAGAGCUAAGCAGAGAUGGAAGUUCAGAACACUUCCAGGACAGUCCUCACACGGACAUUCCAACCCCAGAAAGUCACUCUCCAGCCAGCAGGGAGCGUUCCUCCUCUUUACAAGGCAUGGACAUGGCUUCUUUACCACCACGCAAAAGGCCUUGGCAUGAUGGGCCUGGAACCCCUGAUCACAGAGAUAUGGAUGCAAUAGGAGGUCCAGGGGACGACCCUGGGAAAGGCCGUGAAAUGUCCGGACCUCCACCCAGGUCACAAAGGCUGAGCCGUUCCAGCUCCCAAGAACAUGAGGAGGGUUCCACAAGGAGUUCUCGGGCAAACUGGGGUCGAGGAGGAUCUGGAUCCAACAGCAGUAUAAACUCUAGUCAGUGGAGAGGUGGUCCUCGGGGGAGUGGAAGUAGCAGUGGAGGUGGGAGGAGUCGAUAAGAGUCCAUAUUGGACCAAACAGAACAGGACUUUUAAUGGAUGGCAGUGGCAUCAAUGCUGAAGAGGAUUGUGCUUGUGACUAUAAACAUAUUCAUUGUUGGAACACUGGAAACAUCAUCCUAGAACUCUCCAAGGAAAAAGCAAUCCAACCAUGUUAGUUUUUCUUGUUUUUCUUUUAAGUCCUUUUCCAUCAGUGCUGAGGUCCCAGCAGCCAUCAUUUCCUGCCCUCCCUUCCCUCAAAAGUUGGGAGAUAAAAAAAACUGCAAAACUUUGUACAGUUUGUCAGUUAAAUAGUUUAAGGUUUUUUUUUUUGUAUGAAAUGCGGAAUGUAAAGUUCUCAACAAAUAAUGGAAACAUU